AUGCAGAGUCCGUGUGGCAUCAAUGAUUUCCCUAUUUCGUUGCCCUAUGGACCAUGUGGCGAUGGCACUCCAGCUUCUUUCACCAAGGAAACUCAGGGGUCUAUGACGCCGCCUUUCAGGAGUCCCCGGGCUUCGUUUCGCAGCUAUCCCCGCCAUAUGGUUGCUGCACUUCUUCCUGUUCUGGUAUUCGUGGCUAUCAGCCUAUACCAUUUCCGCCUUUGCCGGGGGUGGGCCAGGCGUGGAAAUGUGCCGCGGCUACUUGCAGAUAAUUGGCAACCAUUAGUUGAGGACCUCACGCUGUCGGCCAUACUUGACAUGUGCUUGGACAUGGAAGAAGAAGUUGGUAACCCUCUCGUGUCUCCGCAAACACAGAAACAGACGGGACCGCCAGACCAACAUGAUGCGCAGUUUCUUCCUUAUCGUGGCCCGGGCCUACAGGAAAUUACGGCAAGCCAAACCUGGUGGACGAGGGAACCGCCACUCUCUUCUCCCCCUCCAAAUGAUCCUCAAUUCCUCACGAAAGAACCUAUUAUACAGGGCAACUACGAUUCACGGAGGGACACAGUUGCUGUUUGGGGGACUCGAAAAUUAGAAGAGGAGUUGCCGUCUACGUCCUUCGGAAAGUUUUCCUUGCAGGCACCGUGUGUUGGCUUCCCACUCUCUAAUGCAGCUGCAAGGGACACAUCCUCUGGAGCUUCUGGGGUUAGCGACGCAUUUUCGCAACCUCAGUAUAGACAUUUACCGGAUUUUCUCUCACGCCCCUGCUUACAUCCAUCCUCAGGCGUUGUCCCCCCGGUAAGCCUCACGGCGUCAGUAGCGCCUGGAGGUCCAGCGGUAUAUCAACAACAACAGCUCUUUCGACCGUAUAUUAACCUUACAAGUUCUCCCCCUCUUCAGGCAGCGAUGCCACGGAAGCGACACCUUGCACAAGUGGAAGUCUCUGACCCAUUAGGUCCACAUAGCAUUUUCAAACGAUUGAAGGGGAGGAUAGCGUCGCUCGAAGCCAAUCAAAAUCCCCUCUCUGGGUUGGCUGAGCAGGUGGCGUCACAAAUGGUGCCCCUUCAUCGUAGAUUUGAGUUGGCUCACAGUUCAGAAGCCGACGACGCGGACCGACUGCUGAAAGCAGUUCAAGCAGUUCCCUUGCAGUGGCUUCCCCCCCCUUUGGGCCAUUCAUCCUUCAACACGUAUUCAGACACGGAUGUGUUGGACUUGUCCGUUUCAUCCCGCUUGCCCAAGGAAAGUGCAGAACCCAACGAUUUAGCGUCGGUUCCUAGGCAACGUUUGUCGUUCGACUCGUCGGAAGGCCUCCAGCGUCCAUCUUGUACAUGUGUGGGCCGAAUAACACGCGAUUCUUCUGGUACAGUUCCUGGGGCAGAAGCGUCUCAUUCACACUCAGGAAAUUUACAGCAAGCUUCAGUCAUCAGUCACCCCUUUUAUAGACUUCCGAAAUUGGAAACAGGAGCGCGACUGAAGGAGUUUUCUGUACGAGAUGCAUUUGAGUAUAGCAAGACUCUGCGAGUGCAUGAGCCGCUUUUGCAUUAUAUUCGUUCAUCGCUGGUAAAGGACACACUUUCCGAAGACGAAGCAAAUGGGGUUCUGCGUAUCUCUGAACGGCUUGUAAGCCAUUUAUACCACUUCCAAGCAACAGCUGUUUCGACGUUGAGACCUUCAAAUGCUGUGUCGGUGUUGGGGCGUCGGUAUCUGAUGCUGGACGCGCUAGCUGGCGCAGUACAAGUCUUGGGGCCGCCAAUGCGGGCGCGUGAGUGGUGGCAGAAGCUCGUUGGUGCGGUUCAAUCACGCGUGGUGCUUUUCCCAAGUGUCUACAGAGACGAACGUGCCCGAGCGUAUGCAGCUCUAGCAGUGCGACUGAGCACAGCAAUAGACGUGCUGAAGCAAGGCAUCAGACCGGAUGCCAGUGAAACAGUUUCCCUCAAGCGGGACUUGUUGUGCAGGGAAGUGUGCCACCCAGAGUUCAGACGUCCUCCCUACGACCCCUGGCGACGCGACGAUAUGGACGCAGGAGGGGACCAAAAGCGUUAA